UCUGCUCUCUUCUUUUUCAUCGUAUUUGCCGAACCAUCAGCGUAAUCGACGCUCGAAUCUUCGCUCUUCCUUGUACAGAGCCUCGAUCGUCGGCUCGGGUUCUCUCCGUAAAGCUUUCAUCAGAUGCUUUGGUGGGUUCGACUCUGAAAGCAUCACCAAUUCGAAUAAUAUUUCAAGGUUACGAUCCCGCUAAACCGGAUCCGCUUCCUGAAUUUCUCUUUCAUCCCCGGAUUCAGACAAAUUCUUCGAGUCGAAUCAGGGUCGGGUUUCUUGGGCAUAAUGAAGCAUAUUGUGAAGAUAAUUACCUUGUUGGUGGCUAUCUCUGCCGUGUGGAUUGGUCUCCUGGAGAUGUCUGUAGUUCCACGAAGUCAGACUUGGUUGCUACCAAUAUAUUUCAUUGUUUCACUGGGAUGCUAUGGAUUGCUAAUGGUUGGCAUCGGCCUAAUGCACUUUCCAACUUGUCCUCAAGAGGCAGUGUUGUUGCAGCAGGACAUUGUUGAGGCCAAGGAUUUCUUGAAGCAAAGAGGGGUCGAUGUUAGUUCCGAAUGAUUUGACCUACUGAACUCAUUUACGUACAGAGCAUUGCAAUUCGAGUGGAAAUUGAUCUCUGAGUCUUCCAGGAAUAGAGCAGCUGAUGAACAUUUACUUGAGCUUUUUGACAUUUUUGAGUGUUGGGUUUAAGUUAAUCGACUAAUCAUGAAAAGUCAUGAUCUUAGUGCUUAUGCUUGUAGGUGAUUCGAAUUUGUGAUCAUCUUGUCCACCAUCCUUCGGCCGGUUCUUUAAUGUAUAGUCUUACAUUACUCUCUCUCUCUUUCUCUCUCUCAGUUUUUCUUCUUUUGAUUGUGUGUUCUUUGAUGUACCGAUUGCCUUUGAUUAUAGACAUUUGAGUAA